AUGCAGUACUCCAAGAUCCUGGCUCUGGCCACCCUCCUCAUCACCACCGCCGUCGCCGCUCCCCAAAAGCGCGCCUGCGCCUACACCUGCGGCACAGUCUGCUACACCAGCAGCGCCGUCAGCGCCGCCCAGGCCGCAGGUUACAAGCUGUACAAGGCCGGUUCCACCGACGACAGCUACCCGCACGUCUACCACAACUACGAGGGCUUCGACUUCCCCGUUUCCGGCACCUACUACGAGUUCCCGAUUCUGAGCGAUGGUGAUGUGUACGAUGGCGGUUCCCCCGGUGCGGACCGUGUUAUCUUCAACACUAGUGAUGAGUUGGCUGGUGUGAUUACCCACACCGGUGCCAGUGAUGAUGACUUUGUUUCUUGCUAG